AUGAGUGCUGACCAAGUUUCAUGCUUGUUAAGCCAAGGAACAACAAAAACAUAUCAAAUUCCUAUUGAGCAUCUGGACUACAAAUUCAUUGAAACAUGCAAAGAUGUUAAGCAUUUGGAAAAGAUUCUUAAGAUAUUAAGGUAAACAUUUAAAUUACAUAUUUAUUUUAUUAUGGUUUGCAUAUUUUUAUUCAUAUUAACUAAACAUUAACUAGAAACUAACAAGGCCAUCACUUCUUUUAGAACCUUGUCAGAAAAUUUGUUUAAAAGCUAAAUAUUGUCAUAAUUUAAAAUAAGUGAAAAUAGUUUAGUCUUGCUAGCAUGGCAUUAGUAUAACAUAAAUUGGUUGUUUGGACUGAGGAGGUGAUAUAUUUAUACUAGCUAAGGCUGGGAUAUUCAGAUUUAAGAUUUUACAGACCUUUUGGUCAUGCAGAAUUGAGCCAUUGAAUGGUUAUUGAGCUUAAAAAAGCAAUACAAAAACAAUACAAAAUGUAGCAAUGUCAGCUGUAAACUACUUACAAGUCUAGAGCAAAUCAAACAAAAAUAGUGGAAGUCUUUAUAUCAGAAGGGGGGGUGUUAUAACAACUCCUGAACUUAAUAUUUAUGAUUUAUGCUUUAAAAAUUGCUAUUGGUGAUAUCUAUUGUUGUAUGUGCGGAGAUCCACUCAUCCAGCAGGACUUAUUCUUUCUCUGCACUCUCUGAGUUUUCCCUAACCUGUCAUAGCAUAUUUUGAGGAUGCAUAGGGGCUACAGGGGACAGAAGAGAAUUCCUGUUGUGCUUACAGAAGUUUGUAUAAUGUCACAUUUAUUAAUUUUUAGAUCUGGUGAAGAAGGCUUCUAUCCUGAUCUUGUAUUAUUUUGUGAAAAACGCAUUGAGUCUUUGGCUCCAAAUAGCAGAGCUCUGCGAAGAGAUAAACCUGCAGCCACUGCUUCUGAUUUUACUACUGAGGAAUGGAAAGAAAUAGAGAAUGAAAUGAAGGUAUUGCACUUCUUCAUUCUGUAGCAUGCUAAUUUUGUAUGUGACUUUUAAAUAACAAAUAGUUGUUGCCUGGUAAAAAACCAAUUUCAGAUUUUGAAAUAUGUUUAUGUUUUCGAUUUCUUUCAGAGCUGGAUUACCGAAAUGAAAGAAGACGAGUAUAAAAUGCGGUAUGCUACAACGGACGUGUUCAAGGAGAAAAUGGAAAAUUUGCCACCAGUUCGUAGUUCAGAUAGCUCUCUUCCUUCUAGACAGGUGGGAAUCUGUGUUUCUAUACAAUAUUCAAUAUCUAUAUAUGAUUUUUUUAAUGUGUUGUUGGCAUCUGACUAAGUCAUACCUGAAGGAAACCCAUUGAAACAUGGCCAGCUUGUCCCUAUUUCAGUAGGUCUACUCUGAGUAUGACUUGGUCAUAUGUCAAAUGGGAGGGGGGAAACAUCUAAUAACCCUGGAGAGAAGUACUCCACAAUGGAACAUUUGUCACAGGACCCUACUUGAUUCAAUUCAAUUCAGGACCCUACAUUCAAAUUCUGUGAGUGCCAGUCGUGUAAAAGGAAGCUAUCAGUAGGUUCAGGGCAUCUCAAAGGUUUGCAGAAAUAGGGAAAAAGUACAAACAAACCCCAAUCUGCCCAGUGAUGGCAGAGCAUUCCAUGCCCACUAACUGGAGGUGAGGAAUGGAAAGCUGGAGGGGGAGGGGCUGGAUUCUUGAUGAGACAGCACUCUGUGCUGCAAUGUUUAAUUGCAAGUCCCACUUGGUUAUGUAUGUUUGCAGAUGAUAUGUUUGCAAUUCUCAUUUUUUUCCCAUAUGAGAAUUUUUAAUAUCGAAAUAUUGACAUUUAUUCUUAGUUGAUAAGCACAUGAUUGUAGAAAGGUUAGCAAGUGAUUGAGUUCCUUACUGAACAUAUGUGAACUCCAAAACCUCAGUUUGAGGUAGCUAAAACAUGUUAUAAUGCUCAUAUUACAUGAAAUGAAAAGUAACAAAACAAAUUCUUUGAUGAAGCUUAUUUUUUUAUAUCUUGUGUGACUUCUCAUUCUAGAGCAAAACUUCAAGAAAUGGUGUAAUAAAGAAUAAAAAUGUACCAAGGGACUAUAGAGAGUGGGAUAAGUAUGUCAGAUACCUUCUGCAUAUUGUUUAAUUCAGUUAUUUUCUAAUGUUUUAUCUAGGUUGGUUUUGAAAAAGGGAGGGUUGUUUCUAUGUUAACGUGCCCUUGAAAUUCUCAAAAUCUCACAGGGCUAACUAUAGACAAAUGGUAUUCGAAAGUCUAGUAUUAAUGGAGAACUUUACACAAAAAUUGCAUGUUGGAAGAAAGCGCUCUAAAUAUGAUGAGUUGUAUUCAACAUCAUGAUAAGGCAAGUAUUUGAUCUGUGCAAUAAUUUUUCCUUGCACAACAUCUUGCUUGCCCUGCCAAUAUCCUCCUUAAAUUGUGGUGCCCAGACCAGGGGACAGUACUCCAGGUAUGGUCUUUCCAAGGCAGAAUAGAGCAGUACUCUUACUUCAUUUGAUAGGGGCACUAUACACCCUAGAACAGCAUUAGCCUUUUUUUGCUGCUGCAUCACACUUUGACUCACAUUAAAUGUGUGGUCUACUAAAACACCUAGAUCCUUUCCCACAUCUUAUAUUUGUACAGCUGGUUCUUCCUACUUAAGAGUAGAACGUGCCCACUGCUGCAGCUCAGUUGGUUAGAGUGAGGUGCUGAUAAUGCCAAGAUCAUGGGUUUGAUCCCCGUAUGGGCCACCUUCAUAUUCCUACAUUGCAGAUUAAUGGUCCAUCAUACCCUUAAACUAUGUAGGUGUGAAGUCUUGCUAUAGUUAAACACACAUUUGUAUAAUUUAUGGAUGUUUAUUAUUACAAUGUAAAUAUAUUAAAUGCUUUUCCAUUUUUUAAGGUUUGAUGUGGAAAAAGAAUGUUCCAAAAUUGAUGGUUAUGAGGAAAAUAAGAGUAAACCCAGCUUUAAAACUACUAACAAAGGGUUACCAAAAUCUGAUAUAGACACAACAGGUAGGUUUUCAUUCAAUACUACAGUGAUUUUGGUUGCUGUUGCCUUUUAUUGAAAAAUAAGAAAUUUACUACUCAUAGGAAUCUCUGUUUUCAAAAAUACUGUGACGUGAUGCUCAUAUAGAAUUAUGACAAUUUUGUAUGAAUUUGUUUAUCAGUGUUGUAUGCAUUGUCAGUAACUCCUGUAUAUAUCCAAUGUCUGCCUAUCCUUUCCCAGAAACAUUUCCCCCCAUUUUACCACGUUACUUCAAAAUUCAGUAAUGCAGUCAGUACUGCUGAAUUACAGCAUUUAAAAAUCCUGUGUUUUUGAUUGCAUAAUUCUGCUAAGGUAGUAGAUAAAUCAGCAAUAUAGCUAGAAAACAUUUUUUUGGAAAUGUUAUAACCCUUACCUUGAAAAAAUAGCAUACCCUUAAACAAUAAAGCAAAAAAUUCCAAAGUGUAGUUUCAACCACUGUAUAAUUGCCUACUUUGACUACUACUAGUAUUUCAGGAUCUCAGAGGUGCUUCCCAGCCUUGUUACAGGAGUUCCUUUUAACUGGACAGACUGUUAAUUAAAUUUGUUACCUUCUGUAUACAAAGUAUGUGUUCAACUAUUGAGCUAUAGCGUGUUGUCUGAAGUGGGUGGAGGCUCAAAUCAACACAAUAGAGCACUUGUAGAUUAUGUCUUUUACAAUACUCUCUCUCUCAUAUUCUUUCUCUGUAGCAUUAAAGAGAAAUGUUUUUGGUUUUGCCUGCAAUUUUUCUUGCUUUAAUAUGUAAUAGAUAUUUUCUAGGUUUGACUACAAAGGAAAAAAUCUUCAUUGCUAAUCGUGAAAAAGAAAAAGGAAAUGAAGCAUUUGUUACAGGAGACUACAAAGAAGCAGUUAUCUACUAUACUCGGUGAGUCAUCCAUAGUAAUUAUUAGCCUGCUGCAGUAGUAGUAGUAGUAGUAGUAGUAAUAAUAAUAAUAAUUUAUUUAUUUAUACCCCGCCCAUCUGGCUGGGCUUCCCCAGCCACUCUGGGCGGCUUCCAACAAAAUAUUAAAAUACAGUAGCAACCUGGAUGCAAGGCAGGCAUUAAUAUGUAGUCUUAAAAGUUACAACUUCCAUUUAAAAAAUCAUUUAGCUGCUUCACUAUCAACUUCAUUGUUUAAAAGUAGUUUAAACAAAAUUUGUACUAGUAUACAUAUAUCAAUUUUAUGGUGUGCAUUUUUCUGUGCAUAUGUUGUUUAGCCAGACAGCAACCCUCACAAUAAGGCAUUCUAGACUGAGACUGUGUAUUGACAAAAACCUCAAGAACUUGAAAGUGCAACAUGACACUAUUUUUUUGCCUUCUUAUCCUGUCCUAUUAGGCAGCAAAAAUGGCUUGGACUGAUCCUGAUUGUAUUGAAUAUGGUAUAUAUAGAUGCCUUCUUCCUGUUGGUUUUUGCAGUGUGCUGGGCUUUGUUGGAGGUUUGAAACCCGGCAUAACUGUGGGGAUGACUCCCACCCUCCUCCAGUUCCAAAUUUGUAGGUGGAGAACUAGAAUUUAUUUUGGCACUGGACAGCUGAUGUACUUGAUGUACCCCUGCUGCCCAUUACCCAAAUGAGCCUAUGCCAACCUUCACCUCCAAAGCCAGAGAGAAAACUUGUGCUUGUUUUGGUACUAGGCAGCAGAGGCACUUUGUGAAUCUUUAACUGCCCAAUGCCAACAUGGCAGGCCACAGCCUUCGUCUUCCGCUUGGAGUUGGUGCAACUUAGUUUGCUCUGUAACUCAGUGCAGCUGCAGGGGAUUAUCCCAGCUCUACCUUCACUUCUAAGCUGGAGAGUUCAUCACUGACAUAUGUAACUUUUGCCAUGACAAGGGUGACAGGCAGAAUUGUAGAUCACUUGGCCUUUCUUACAUGCUUUAUCAUAUAGUCUUUAUAUUAUAGCAUUAUGACUUGUAGUCAAUUUUCUGCAUUGAGUUGCAUGGGAUCAAUAGAGAAUGAAAAUGGUUAGGUAACUACAGAAAAUAAUUUGUCCCUCUUUAGGCCUUUAUGUGUAUUCUUUAUCUUCCUUUGCCAUUUUCAUUAGCAGAUGGGAGGCCACACCCACUCUGAUUGGAUCUUUUACUCUUUUGACCUGUACUUGUUUUCAUUUGUACUCUGUAAGGUACUGUAACACUCCUAUCUUUUUCAUUCUUGGGUCUUCUGGCUUUACUUUGUAACAACAUUCCCGCACCUUAGGCUUUAAGGCGUCACCUGACUCUUUUCUGAAGUGUCUGUGUUCAUUUCAGCCUGCCUAAUGCCUCAGUAUUUUGCAGGAGCAUAUCUGCCUUUCCCACUGUGGCUGCAUACAAUAAUAAAGCUCAGGCAGAAAUAAAACUUCAGAACUGGCAUGUUGCUCACCAGGAUUGUGAGACAGUGUUAAAAAUGGACCCUGAAAACAUAAAAGGUAAAAUUAAAGAAAUCACUUUUGAGAAAUUAAUGCUAGCAACAAAUCUUUUUAAAUUACCGGUAAUGGAGCAAAAUCAGCAUAGGUGACAAACACUGGUUUUUGAAAUUUGUGGAUUGCAUUCUGUGGAGUAACAACUCUCAAAUUUUUAUUUUUCCACUUCUGCUAUAGUGGGAAAUGAAUUGUUCAGCACAUAGUGGCUUAGUACCCAUGCUAAGUGCUUUACAUGGUUUAGUGGAAGGGAAUUGAUGGGGGUACAGUAUCUGUGCUUUGCCAUUAGAACCCUGAAUAUUUUCCCACUCAUCUCCAAUAUUCCCUGGAAAAGCUUGUAUCCCUUCAAUUCAAAGUAAAUUCCGAGAGAGGGCUAGCCAGGCGAUGGUGGGAAAAAUUUAUUCCAAGCAACAAGAGUUCCCCUUCCAACUAUUAAUCAGCUGAAGGAAGUUCAGUCUACUUUGUCUAAAGCAAUUUAUUGCAAUCCUGACAGAUGAAAAGUUGGCUUUUUCUAGACAGUGUAAAAGGGAAGUCCCCACAUGUCUAGGUACCGCCUUUUCCUAGUACCAAACUAAGUAAAUAAAAAGGGAGAAUAACAGAGCAAUCCUACAGAGAUACGGGGAAGCACAAGAGUCUAAGCACAAAAUAGGACAUAAAGUGGUGCUGGUGGACUUAUUUCCCUUAUUCCUAUCCCCAGUUGGUUUCAGUAGGUGGAAAGGUAUGCCAGUUCCAGUGUUGGCAUAGUUUGUAUAAAACUUGCCACUACUGCAAUGAAGAGGCAUCCAGGAGUGGAACUCCUCCACCUGGUGAGGAAGGGAUUCAGGGUUCCACAGCUGCCUUUCCUGGGAGUGUAGAAUUCCUCCUUGAAUAAUGCUUGCACCUUUAAGAGAUAGUUGGCCUCUCCCACUCACAGCAACUGUUAUCUCUUUUGCUCUGUUUUCCCAUGACAAGUGAUUGUGUACAGAUACUACAUCUUGAAUUUAUGUGUACAUGUCUUGCAAUUCUCAUACAUACAUAUACCAUGUGGGAGACUUUUUAUAGUGUGGUUGUUGGACUAGGACCAGGGAAACCUGGCUUCAAGGUUAGCCCACUUUACAGAUCGUUUUGACAAUAAAACUGGGGAGUAACAUAAGCCACCCCAAGGUCCUUGGAGAAAGAACAGCAUAAAAAUAUAAUGAAUAAAUAAGAAAUAAUGCCAUGUUACAUUAUAUAGGUUAUUGCAGCUGUAAUCACAUCUCUUCUAGUGGGCUAAUUUUUGGUAACAGAUUAUACUUUGAUGGGAGACUGGGACAGACCAGAAAUUUAGCGGAAUGAUUACAGUAUUAAAAUAAGGGUUGAGGAUCUCAUUCGCUUUUGGGCAGCCUUAUAGGACCUUGUGCCAUUGAUGGGCAAGACCAGAGGCAAAAGUGGGCUAAGCAACUACUGCCAUUUUUGCCUUGUGUACUGUAGGUUGGCUUCUUCACACUCGCACAUCUCUCUGUAUUCUCCAUUGCGGAAGCAAGAAGCCUUAUUGGAGUUAAGGACACAUUCCAGCCAGGCAAAAACACUAGAGUGGGGUGUAAAGAAGGACUGGUGAUGGGUGUGGUUCAGAAGGGAGUGUGGCCUGGGGAAAAUUUCAGGGGCCAGAUGGAGUGGCCUGGAGGGCUGCAUUUGGCCCCUCGGCCUGAGGUUCUGCAUCCCUGCACUAAAAUGGAUCCUUAUAUGUGAAGAUGGUUUGUCUGCGUCAAAUUGAAAUUAUUUUUAAACCAUUCCUCUUUAUUACAAAGCUAUAUUGCAAUAGUUGCAAGUUAUUAUAUAAUUCAGAAUUAUUUUACAUUUCCACAAUUUCACAUUAUAUUGACGUAUUUAUUAUGUAACUUAGAAUAUUGCAAUAAAAUAAUGCAUUCUUUAUUGAUCUGCAGCUUUUAUGCGCCGUGCCACUGUUUACACUAAUCUACAUAAUUUCAAAGCAGCUGCAGAAGAUUUGAAGAAAGUGUUACAUAUUGAGCCAGAAAAUGCUAUUGCUAAGGUAAGUAUUAAUUGUUGACUUCAUGGACGUAUUGUAAACUAUGGAUACCAUUUGUAUUAGACAUAUUUACUAUUGAAAGAUGGUACACAAUGAAAUAUAUCUAAUACAAAUACUGUAUUUGAUACAAAUACUGCCAUCCCACAGAUGGCGGCAGGUUAAACUGGUUUUUCAAAAGGGACAAAAGCAAUAAGUUUCCAUCAGCUGAUCCAUAGUGGAGAGCCCACCAUUCACCCAACUAUUACAAUACCAUAUUUCUCCCAAUUUUGAUGCUGCUCCGCAACCUAAGUUUUCUGAUUUGGAGGGAAGGUCACACAGAAAUAAUCUGCACAUUCUGAGGGUUCAAGAGAGAUCUGAGCAAUUGAAUACCUCUGUGGUUGUAGCCACUCUGUUGUGGAUAUUGCUAUGGUUCUGUACACUGAGUGGGCCAAUUGCAGCCCAGUUCCUUCCAGAAUGGGUAUCUCAAGUUCCAGUGGCAUAGCAUGGCUUUCAACAAAUCCUGUAGCCCUCAACCAGUGGAGUACAAGAUUGCUAGCUAAGCCAUUGCAGCAGAUUGAGUGGGGCAAUCUGGUAUUGUGUAUGCUGGGGAUGUGGUAUUGUGAGUUCAUUGGCUCCCUAUGUGGGUGUUGUCACUGGCACCGUCCCUGAUUGGUGGGCUUUGGUAGUGUUUCUCUUGACACGGAAGGCAUGUCAGCCUGUAGCUUAUUUUCCCCACUCUGGUUUGGCAGGUGACCUAAGUGGCACAUACAUGUCAGGAGAAGUAUGGUAAUGUAUAAUUGCUCCACACAAUCUAUUUAUUAAAUUUCUAUACCACCCCUUGUCUGAGGAUCACAGGGUGGUUUACCAAUUACACAUGAUGAAUUUAAUAUAGAAGAUAUUCUAAAAGGCAAAAACAGAGUCUAGUUUUUCUUGCCCUUUCAGUAACUUAAGUUGGUGAAUGAGUCUUUCUAAUACGUACAGCAGUAUUCAACAGAUCUUUGGGCCAAAUUGAGAGAGAAAUCCUGAGCUGAUUUCUAAUGAUGACCUAUAGCCAGUCUGGUUCCAAAGGCCAUCUUGAUAGACUGAUAGUAAUGAAAGCAUCAAACAAACUGUAUUCAGUAAUAUCAAUUAUGGUACUAAAACAGCGGCCUCAUUCAGGAUUUUAGACAUUUCUACUUUAACAAUCUCCCACUACAAUACCACUACAGAUAAUUUAAAGCACAACUCCCAAUAUAAUAUUCCUACGUUUACAACUGUAUUACCUGAAUUUAUUAGAGAACUACUACUGUACUGAACAGGUUCUUUUUAAAUAGAAUUUCCUAUAGAGGUAUAUGUACUUUUCAGUUUUAAGUACUUUGGUUCUGAUCUCACUUCUGACACUAGGUUCUCUAAUUUUCUCCUUUUGCAAUUACAGUAUUAUGUAAUGUUGAAAAUGUUGAGUGUAUCUUUCAGCGGUGGAAUAAUUUGUGUAUUUAAAAUAAUAAUUAAUAAAUAUUGCUGUAUUACUACAGAAAAACUUGUUGGAUAUUGAGAAGAAGCUGAAAGAGUUGGAACCUAUUUCUCAAAAUAAUAGCAAGGGGAAAAAAAUACUUAUUCAAGAUAUAGAAGACUCAGAUGGUGAUGAAGAACUAGGAGGAAAGGAAGCAGAAUGUGAAAAUGGCAGUGGAGAUAAAAGUAAUUUUAACUUGUUAAUUGUUAAUGGAAGGACAUGGAGCUGACUGUAGUGUCACCUCACUGGAAGAUAGUACUGCACAUCAUCCCAGUCUUGAGCAGUGUGAGAUUCCAGGGGUUCCAGGCACUUACCCAGGGUUCGUGUUUCCUUCGGAAUGAGGCACAGUGGAGACUGAGGUGUCUUUAUGAUAUAUGGUUUAUUUACACAUAUAUAUGUAUACCUGAGCCUACGAUGGAGGGGUUCACAGCAUUAACAUCCCAAGAGGGUCUUGCUUCCCCGAUAGCUGUGGCCUGGAAUUCAAACAGAAAUCAAAUAUCUCUCUGAUUCACCAGCUUCCCAACUUGUUUGUGUACAGUACUUAGACAUACUUUCAAUCUGUAAUAUUGCACAUUAUUCCCCACCCACUCCAAUUUUCCUUUAAAAAGUUUUCAUAGCAUAACCUUGAACAGUUGUUUUUCAUAUGUCUUUUAACAGUAGAUUUGCAGACACUGGAGCUAUUUUAAGAGGGAAACGCUCAUAAAGUUGUGGUCUUCUAUUUUUGGUUUAAGAUGGUAUUAAACAAUUUUGUUUAAAAUUUUGUGUUUAGAUAAGUAAGAAAUAAACAUGUUCAAUAUUGCAAGUUUUACUUUUAAAAUCUGGAAUUAUUUGUUUUAGGAAGAUGCUGCAAAAUGAUUAUUUCACCUUUUUACAAUCUCUUUAAAAUGUCAUUCUCUUUAAGAUGAUUAUUUCAUACUAUUAUGGGGGCUAACUGAGAUAAAGCAUAUGGUAAAUCUGUUUAUCUGCUAUACAUUUUAUAUAUUAAAUAUUCAUAAAGUUUCUAAAACUGAUCUCCAAAUUGUUCACUUUAAGCAAUCUAUUCCUUUUUUCAGAGAAUAGCAAGUGAAUACAGCUCUACUAGUAUAAAAACUGUUAAUUGAUUUAUCCAGUACCAUUUUGGCCCCUGCUAUCUAUUCUAGACCAUUUGGAUAUGAAUAGAAAGCCUUUUUGAAAUAAAGGGUAGAAGAAUUUAUCCUGACCUUUUAGUGGACCUGAAACUGUAUGUGAAACUUCACAAUACAGAACAUGGCUUAAUCUUUUUAUAUGUUUGAUAUAGUCUCAAAAAGGUAGGUUGCAACUGUGACUUGAAAUGCAGUUGUGAUUUGCUGUCUAAUUUGCUUGUCAGGCCAAAUUUUAAGUUGAGCACCUAGUAUUUAAAAGGUUAAUUUCAAGGUGAUUGUAUCCCAUUCAGAAGAGAGUAGUGCCAGUUCUUAAAAAAUACUGAUUUGACAGUGUUAAAUUCCCACAAUAGCAAACCGUUUAUACUUAGCUGUGCAGUCUAAAAAGACUGCAGAAAAUGUUAUCUUUCAUUUAAUUCAUUUCAGUAAGCUAAUAUGUGUGAUAUACCGAUACAUGCUUUUAAUCCACCCCUCCUUUGCUUUUACAAAUGGUUCCUUCUGAUGAUGCAGAGUCUAACCUAGCCGAUUAACUUCCUUGUAGAAACUGCUGUGCUAGUGGGAGGAGAGAUCACAACUGAGAAGACAGAAAUGGGGAAUGCACAAAAGAAGUUUCCCAGCAAAGGAGAUGGCUGUAAAUGGGAACACAAGGAAGCUCAGAAGCUCAGAGACCCUUUGGACAAUAGUGUUAAAAAAGGCACACCUGAAAAAAAGACAGCCAAGGUUUUACGAGAUUCUGAAAAUGAAGUAAAUGGCUAUCUGGGCAGUGACAAAAAUAAUAGUGAAAACAAGGAAGUAAUACAGAAAAAUGCAGAAUCUUCAGCAGCUGGAAAAAACAGUUCUACUUUGCUUCCUUCCACUGCAGCAAAACUGAAAGCUGAAGGAAAUGAAUUAUUUAAAAAUGGACAAUUUGGAGAGGCCGUCCUCAGAUACUCAGAAGCAAUUGAAAAUGUAAUUAGUUCUGGUGAGUUAUAUCUUUAUGCAAUUCUUAUGGUGAUUUUAAAAUGUAUCCUUUCUUCAAUUAAUAUUUUUCUAGGGGAAAGCUGAAUUUAUCUGUACUAAUUAUAUAGUUGUGAAAAUAUUCAUAUACGGUUGCCAUGAGAAUCAGAUUUAUCAUGUAGAAUUUCAUUGUAACUGAGUUAUGGCUGCAUAUUAAAGCAGUAGGAUGUAUUUAUAGGUGAUCCACUAAAAAAAAGAUCCUUGAAGCUUUGCUUCAUCAGCACAAUUGCACUACUGCAAUGCAACUUACAAUCUACUGAAGUAUUUCAUACUAAUAAAACUUGAUUUCAGUGAUCAUAAUCCACUGUAAUUUUUUGUAAUUUAAGGAAUCCAAAGUCCAGAGGAUCUAAGUAUUUUGUAUUCAAACAGAGCAGCAUGUUACCUAAAAGAAGGAAACUGUGUUGACUGCAUUCAAGACUGUAACAGGUAAAUACCAAUCUUACGCAGAUAAACAAUUCCCCCCAUGAUUAAAAGAGCAUUUAACCUUCCUUUAAAGAGUUUAAACAGUUUGAAAUGUGUAACCCCUAUGAAUAUGAUAGUAUGUAUUUCGUCAGAAUGUGUUGGAAAUCACUUCCUUGCUAAGAGGGAGGAAGAUGAGAAAGACAGUUAAUAUUUCUCCAAGUUAUAUAAACAUGUAAGGUUGGUUUGAAUGUAAAAUUAAAGCAAGUUCAUUACAGAAUUGUAUGUAAGUUCCUAUAGCUAUUAAUGCAUUUUCCAUUUGAUUCCGGAGCCUAGAAUUAUGUUUGAUAUUAUCCAGAAUGUUUUAAGUAGUUGCAUCAUAAUUGCAACAUGAUUGCAAUUGUGUUGCAGUGGUUCCCAGAAAACACAUUCUUGGUCUCUUAAGUAUGGUGCAGUAUAGGGUAUAGUUCUGAAGGCAAAUGUCUUGAAUCCCUUCUCUCAUCUAGAACAUGAGGGGAAGGGUGUAGCUCACUGGUAGAGUAUCUGCUUUUGCAUGCUGAAAGUCCCAGGUGCGGCUCUUGGCACCUCCAGAUCGGAGUGGGAAUGUUCGCAGUUUGAAACCUAGGGAAGUCGUCACCAGUCUGUGUAUACAAUACUGACCUAGAUUGACUAAUGAUCUUACUCAAUACAAGGCAGCUUCAUAUAUUCCUAACUUGUUGCUGGCUUUUCUAAAAUGUAUCCUCUUAUACAGUGAAUGUAUUUAAUCAGUAUCUAAUGAGUUAGACAUAGCAGCAGAGCUAUAGCUGUCCAGGCCUUGCCUUGUUAAAUGCAGACAUUAGAUGGUCAGUGUAUUUUAUACAGGGGUAGCCAGUGUGAUGCCUUCCAGGUGUUAUUAGACUGCACUGCCUGCAGCAUGGUCAUGAUGAGGAAUGAUUGGAGUUGUAAUCCAAUAACGCCUGGACUCUGGAGGAUGCCAUGUAGGCUACCUUCUGUUAGGAUUUCUGAUUCAAUUUCUGUUUUAAUAUAGUUAAAUUUCUGAAUUUCUGAUUUAAUAAACAUUUUUCGAUCACAAUUUUGUUUAAUAGCUCUUGAAUCUCACAGGUGACAUAUAAUUCCUAAUUGUUAGGCAACUCACACAAGCUUUCAGGUGUCAGAGUUGUCUGAGACAACUAAUCAUUGUUAUAUAAAAAUAAGUACAAAAUAGGUUGGCAUCUUUAAUUGCACCAACUUUUGUUGGUUUAGAAAUUUGAGAGUUUUAGAAGUUACAAAGAACUUGUAGUAAUGGGUAGUGAUAACAUUGGAGACAGUGCUUAACUCUGUCAUUACUCACUGCUCAGAACUCUGCCUUGAAAAUAAUGGACAUACUGUAUAGUGUAAUCAUAAAAUUCUUUUCUGAGAAAUUUUUGUUACUUAAUGCUGAAUGAGCUAAGAAGGAUGAGCGGUAGGAGUAGGGACCAGUUUUAAAUAUUAAAACUGUAUCCCAAAUUACUGAAUGGUGAGAUUGGUGAGACUAUUUUCUAAAAAUUCUCUAGGGGAGGAAUGGAAUUAUCUGUUGCUUCAGGAGGGGCUCAGAAAAGGAAAUCACCAGAAAAUUAUUUGAGAAAUUUCAGCUGAGCCACUCACCCACCUGCUGAAGUUCCUCACCACUGAAACUAUGAAGAUAGGCUUGAAAGUUGUGUGCAGUGCUUUAAGUCUUAGAAGGCAGAGAGUGGGCACAGCAGGAUUUCCAGAGCUAAGAACCUUGGUUUGGUGUUUUGCAUAACUCUUGUCCCUCCCUAUGAUUACCUGACACAUAAUAAAUUAUGCAGACAGAGGAAAUAUUUCUAAACAGUCUUAAUUUGCAUAAUUUAUAUAAGCCACAGAAUUCAGCUUUUCUUGAUUCAAAAUGUUUAUUUGAAUUCAAGUCCUACCUAGCAUUGUUCAUAUUAUUACAUAAAUGCUUAGAAUUCUCAGAACAAGUGCUUCUCCCUCCGUUAUAAAAAUACCAAAAUAUUGGAUGUUACUCUUUUAUGAUAUCUUUAUUAAAACUACAGAGUUCACCAUAUAAUGGGAUGAACUAUUUGUAGGUAAAUUCUGUAUAUAGCAGUAUUGUGUAUCUUCAUGUAGGGGUGACAAAUUCAGGUAAUAUUACUUGUAAAGAUAAUUUGGACCAAGUAAUUGGCAGUUGUGUAUAUUGCAAGGAGACAGUAUUAAAUAAAUACUUUUUUCAGCUAUUAGGCUCUGGGUGUACAGUGGUACCUCUAGUUGUGGACUUAAUCCGUUUCAGGGUGCCGUUCACACCCCAAAAAGUCUGCAACUAGAGCGCCUCUUCCGCGCAUGUGCGCGGCGCGAUCAAGCACUUCUGUGCAUGCACACGUGGUGAACCCAGAGUAAACACUUCUGGGUUUGCCACGUUUGUAAGCUGAAAGUCCGUAACAAGAGUGGAACGCAACAAGAGGUACCACUGUAUUUUGUACCUGUACAUUACUGAACGUUCUGCAACUAUAACAAUCUGCAAGCCAUAUAGAUAUAGAUACAGAUGAUGACAACAACUACUACUACUACUACUACUACUACUAAUAAUAAUAAUAAUACAAUUUAUUAUUUAUACCCCGCCCAGCUGGCUGGGUUUCCAGGGAUGGGGAAUCUGUGGCCCUCCAGAAGUUGUUGAACUCCAGCUCCCACCAGCCUCAGCCAACAUGGCCAAUGGUCAGGGAUGAUAGGAGCUGUAGUCCAGUGGCAUCUGGAGGGCCAUAAAUUCCCUACUCCUGACCUAGAUACUACUUUAAGCGCGAUAACCAUUAAUCCUCUGAGUUGCUUCUCUGCUAAUAAGUAUCACUCAGUUUAAAUCUAUCUCUUAUCUAUAUGAUUAAUAGACUUUCCUUUAUAUUGUCCCAACAUAAAAAAUAAUAUAAUAAAAUAGCAAUAGACCGCUUGGUACAUUAUUUCCUUUCCCUUCGAUUUAUUUUAGGAUAGGCCCAUAUCUGAAAUAUACAUGUUUAUAAGCAUAUCGGAAUUCUGCAUGUUUUUUUCUGUGUUUUUCUUUCAAUUAUUUGUAAUAACUUCUGGCCAUUUGUCCUUAGUGCAUUAGAACUUCAUCCAUAUUCUCUGAAACCUCUUCUGCGUCGAGCAAUGGCCUAUGAGUCUAUGGAACGAUAUCGGCAGGCAUAUGUCGAUUAUAAAACAGUACUACAAAUAGACAGUGGAAUCCAGGUAGCAAAUGACAGUGUUAACAGGUAAAACCAUUUAUAACAUGAACAUAAAAUUGUAGCAUGCCAAUGUGGAACGACUACAAGCUUCAGUGUCAGUUCAUCUAAAUGGACUUCAUAUACUGAUCUGUUGAAUGGGGACCAAAAUCUUUUGUGGCCAGGUGCCUGUUUAGUGAUAAUCUAAUUCUAGAUAUAUAUAUUUUAACCCAUAUGAUGGGUUAAAAUAAUUAAAAAUGGGGGCUGUAUACUGCCUCCUUUACUGCAUACCCUCCUUUUAAAAUUCAUCUAUUAUUUUUUGUGCUGUUUUUAGUUGCUUUUUAUUCUGUUCUGUACGUUACCUUGAGAUAUAUAUGUGGAAGGUGAUUUAGUAAAUAUGCUCACCACCAUCAGUUUCUCUGCCUUAUUUAGCAGUAGUGGUUUUGAUAUAAAAUGGUUUGGAGUCACCCAGGUUGGUGAACCUGAGGGAAUUAAUUAUACAUUUGUCUGGAGAAUUUAAGGAUUUCAUGGCUGCAUGACCACCAUGGGUCAGUCUCAAUCAUUAUUGAGCUUCAUGCUUCUGGCAGGUUAUAAUGUUGAUAUGGUGUUUUGUACUUGACAGAAUGAUGGGUUCUAGGGAACCUGAUGUGGUCCCUUUAUAAGGAACAGAUUGCUGCCUCACAGUGUUAAGGUUCACUGGGACCUCUAAUCUCUGCAGGGGUGGGGAACCGAUUUAGAACAGUUUGCCUGGGAAUGGAUUCAUCCAAAUGGAUUCCUGAUGCUUCUUUGGAGUUUCCUAUUGCCAUGUCUAGCAGUGCUGCUUCUAGAAUGGGGAAAUGACUAGGGCAGUUGACAUGAUUGCUUCUAAAUCUCUACUUCACUUUUUAAAGCCCAGCUCCACAGUUUCUGGGAUGAUUGAAACAGUGAAAUAGCAGGUACAUCAGCUAGACACACAGUGGUGAAAUAUUCAAAGUGAAUCCAACCCAACAUGGACUAGAGCCCAUUUUCAGACUCUUUGGUGGUACUCAGUGGUAGUAGUGAUGGUGGCUAUUAAAUGUUACUGUUCCAUCAUAAUUUGGUCCAUGUGAUUUUGGCAAGUGUAGCUUUUCCGAGUGGUGAGAGGGCAUUUACCCUUACUGUAACUGAUUUCAUAGAAUAUUAUAAACAUAUAAUUGUAAAGUUUGAAGGGACCACAAGAGACAUCUCAUCCAACCCCCCCUUCAAUACAGGAAUCUUUUUGCCUAAUGUGGGGCUGAAACCCACAACCCUGAGAUUAAGAGUCUCAUGCUCUACCCAACUGAUCUGUUGUCUACACUUGUUUACAAGACAUUUCCUGCAUGAAGUCGCUCACAUCCACUCUGUCUUGAAUGCCAUAGUAAUUGCAGAAUCAUUAUGUGCAUUUAGAACUCUUGCUCACCCUGUUAUUAUGGAUACACUUCAGCUUGUGCAUCAUUGGAGGUUUGAAGCCUACAACAGGCAAGGAUCGAUUGUACACAUAAUAGCCUUAUACCUCCAAGGAUCUUGCAGCAAGAGGUGGACUGCUUGGUUAGGUGAAUCAGUAAAUGCUUCUUUGCGAGAAGGCAGGAAAGGAAGUUAUGGUGAAAAGGUGACUUGCAAUGUUUUCUUGGAUGCCACCAAUCUGGGCAAUUAGUCGUCUGUGUCCUGCAUACCAUUUUUGGACAAAGUGCUUAAGCAUCUAGUGAUGGAACCCAGCAGCAACAAAUAUUUAUUAUGGUCGUAAACCAGCAUAAAUGACACCCAAAUUCUUUAUAUUUCUAGAUAGAGGGUAUUUAGAUCCUUUUCAGUCUGGUUUCUUGUUUGGAUUUGGGACAGAAACUACUUUGGUUGUCCUGGUAGGUGACCUUCAUAGAGAACUGAACAAGCAAAUAGUGUCCCUCUUGGACAGAUGCUUUCAAUGUCUGCUGAAGACUUAUGUUUUUGCCCAGACUUUCCCUGACUCAUAAAGUUGUACAAGUUUGAAAUCAUCCAGAUUUCUGCUUUAUUUGCUUUUAUGUGUUUUACUAUUUCUUGCGGGUCUUGGGUUGUGUUUUUGUUUUAAUGAAAUAUUGUUCCUUUUUAGACUGUAUACCAUUUGUUUUUUAAAAAUACUAAGUGAUAUAUAUGUACAUGUUUUUAAAUAAAACAUGCAUAUAAUCUUGUGCAACAUCCUUUUCUGUGGAUGUAACUCCCACGUUGCUGGGGAUAUUUGUACGAAGAAGCCUGCAUGUAUUGGAGCAGAAUACCAUUGCAGAGGUUUGCUAUGAAUGCAGCUUUCAAAAUGAAACCAUUUGGCCUAAACAUCUUGAUUAAUGUACUAAUAAGUUCGCUUUAUUGCUGUGAUAACUGUAUUGGCACAAUAAAUUUAGUGCAGUUUUAGUUUCCCCGUAAAUUGAUCUCUAGUGUACUGCCAGAUUUAAUUCUAAGAUCUGUACUGUACAUUACUGUAUUAAUAGGGAGCCUUUAAGAAAAGUGGUUUGUUGUUGACCACUCAGUUAAGUGUUUCUUGCACUAAAGGCCAAUUAUUAAUGUACAUAAUAUACCUAUAUGUCUGUCACCACUGAAAGUCUAAUAUUAGUUUGAGGAACCAUAAUAAUAACCCCACUUCACUUUUGGGACACACUACUUGGAAACUGAACUGACAUGCCAAUUAGGGAGCUAUCUACCAAGAUCUGCUACUAUAAAGUUUUUUUUUCUUUCCUAGCACACUUUGGAUGUUAUUAAAAAGGGGGUAAUCAUUAAAAAUAAUAAUUUUCAAGUUAUAAAACUGCUUAUAUAUAAUAAAUAAUUCCCUUUUAUUUUUGUCACCUGAGAUGAUUAUACAUGUCUCUUAAGUGCUAUCAAUUUUAGUUCAUGUUUUAAGUUUUAUUAAAUAUGGCUCUUGUGAUUUCUCAAGAUACUAUUUUUCCAUCAUUUGUCCAAACAAGAGCUUAGGUUCAUAACCCUGGAAUUUUAAUGAGUUUACAGUUGGAGCUUUGUAAGAGUUUAACAUUCCAACACUAAGUCAUAUGUGCAAUAUUUCCAUUUUAUCUUGUAUUCAUCACACUGAAUAACAUUUUUUAAUGUUCAAUCCACAAAACAUUGUAGGCCAUACAAUGUAUUUUAGACUAGCUUGGAUAGCCUUUUGUACUGUGGUGGUCUGGUGCAGAUGUAAACUAUUUGAAACUAAACCCUGUGAUAUUUAAAGAAAUAAACAGUGUUCAUGGCAUGUCCAUCAGUCUUUGAAAAGUGCUUGAGAGAUUUGUGUCUUGCUUUGGUUGAACAGAAAAUGUUUUAUUCCAUAUUUGCUUUGAGAAAUGGUGGGAAGCACCCAGUGUUAAUAGACCCACUGAAAACCUUGGGCUUAACAUAACUUGCCCAUUGAUUUCAGUUGUCCUGCUCUGAAUAUGACUGACAUCAAAUAUCACUGAAUAUAUUUAAUUGGGGCUAUGUAUAUUCAGGUGUUUUCUGUCAUGUGAAAUAGAUGAAGUAGAAAUUGGAGGUCAUAAACUUAGGAUUUCCAUUCUUUUCAUCUUAUAUUUGCAUUUAGAUGUUUUAAGAAUUACUCCAAAUACCUUCUACUUUCUUGCUUCUUAUGAUGGCUUCUCCUGCGUAAUUCUGAACACAUGGACUCCCCAGCCCCUCUCUAGGUCUUACUUAUGCUUUUGCUUCACUGCUUAUUGCUCUCUUCCUGGCAACCCAUCUCCUUAUUUCAGCUGCUUCCUUCUCCUUCUGGUAAUUCAUUUUCAGCUUGCAAAGUAUUUGUUUCUGCACUAUGUGAAAUAGAAUUAAACUAAGUUGGCAUAGUAUUAUAAAACAUGAAGUUUGAAAAAAUACUCUUUUGGUUUGAAUUUGAUUCCUAUGAAGUAAUUAUUGAAUACCUCAAAAUAUAUGAGUGGAAUGCUCCUAGCAAUACAAAAUAAACAGAAUCUGAUUAUCUUGGGGCUGAUUUGUGUGUACUAUGCACGUGGUUCUCACUGGGUCUGAAAGAGAUAAACAGUUCAAUGUGGCUUUCAUGCUUGUACUUAGUUGACAUAUUCAAUAGAUAAUGUUAUUGUUACUAGCAUUCUAAAGAUAACAUGGGUAUGGAUAAUAAAUAAAAACAGCUUAAUGUGAUUUUUUAAAGAAGAUUUUUAAAAACUUGAAUGCAUACCAUUUAAAUUGUUGCAGUAUUUUAAUUACCGUACCUAAUUAGUUUACUGCAUUUUAUUGCCGUCGGUGAAAAAAAAACAACACCUUGUUUUUCUCUAGGAUAACAAGAACUUUAAUAGAGGAGGAUGGCCCAAAUUGGAGGGAGAAGCUGUCCCCGAUUCCUGUUGUUCCAGUUUCUGCUCAGUUACAUUGGUGGGAUGGAGGAAGUGUUACUGCAGAGCCAAAGCAGAAGAAAAAUGCAGCCAAGCAUGGAGAUCAACAGUCACAUUUUCCUAGUAUGUGUAACAUGAUUGCUGAUAAAUGUUUUAUUUGAGAAAGCUUAAUACUUGGGAAAUUCCUGCUAGUAACAAAAGAGCUGCAUAUAUAGCUUUCAUACUCUCACUGCAGUGUCCUUGCAUGGGCUGGGGGAGGGAGUUCUUAAUUUUUGCUUCCUCUACAACUUCUUGUUCCCCCAAAGCCUGAAUUAUCCAGUGAAAAGCGUGAUGGUAUGAACUUGCUCUUAAGAAAUAGAUCCAUACUCUAUGAAUUCCAGCCUUGCUUUCUGAAUGCCGCAAAACUAGUGCAUGAAUGUUCUCCCUACUCAAGUUUGCCGAUGACUGAUAAUCUGUUUAUCUGUUUGGGAAAAUAGAUGAAAAACCAGAAGAAAUGUUCAAGUCACUUAAGAAUAAAGGAAAUGAAUUUGUGAAAAAGGGUAACUAUGAAGAAGCAUUGAUAAAGUACAAUGAAUGCAUCAAAUUAAAUUCCCAGGAACAGACUAUCUACACUAACAGGUAAGAAGAAUUUUAAAACACUAUCAGAUGCAACCCAGCUUAUUCAAAUCAGCAGGCAUUUGUCAUUCAUUUUAGUGGGAAAUUGAUUUUGUCCAACUUUAAUUUUGUAAUUGAAAGCUAGUUUCAUUACAGUUCUGUUAUAUGAAAGUCUAUGCCUUUAUAUUAAGACGUUUAUACUCUGCUAUGCAGGGAGGACCAUAAACAUCUGGGCACACAAUUCUCAUAUUGCCUUUCCAACUAGUACAGUUGUACCUCGGUUUUUGAACAGCUUAGUUCACGAACAACUUGGAACUCAAAUGCUGCCAACCCGGAAGUAGAUGUUGCAAACUUUGCCUUGGAAGCUGAACGUCUGGCGCGGCUUCCGAUUGGCUGCAGAACACUCCUACAGCCAACCGGAAGCUGCACCUUGGUUUCCAAAUGUUUUGGAAGUCGGACAGACUUCCGGAACGCAAGUGUGGUGUAGUGGUUAAGAGCGGUAGUCUCGUAAUCUGGGGAACCGGGUUCAAUUCCCCGCUUCCUCCACAUGCAGCUGCUGGGUGACCUUGGGCUAGUCACACUUCUCUGAAGUCUCUCAGCCCCAAGCACCUCACAGAGUGUUUGUUGUGGGGGAGGAAGGGAAAGGAGAUUGUUAGCCGCUUUGAGACUCCUUAAAGGGAGUGAAAGGCGGGAUAUCAAAUCCAAACUCUUCUCGUCGUCGUCUUCUUCUUCUUCUUUUUUGUGAAGACCGUGGUACGACUGUAUAUCAGAAUCAAACUUAGGUUGGAUUUAGCCAUUCUUAUAACUACAACUAUACACAUUUCUUAAUAUACAAAUAAUGGGACUUUGAGAAUUGGCCUCAGGGUUCUGUGGGUGCUACCCUAUGUUCUUACAGUGCUUUUUCUUUUUACUCUAUAGGGCCCUUUGUUACUUGAAGCUGUUUCAAUAUGAAGAAGCCAAAAAGGAUUGUGAUCAUGUUCUUCAGAUUGAUGACUCUAACAUAAAAGCUUUAUAUAGAAGAGCUCUAGCAUACAAAGGAUUACAGGUAAGAAAAGAGUUUUAGCUCUUAACUUGCUCAGUGUUAGUUAUAGCAUAAAUGAUAACAUUUAAAUUAUCAAAAGUUUGGAGGGCGAAUUCCUGUUGUUUGAAGAAACAGAAAUGGAAAAAUGCUGACUGCUGAUUUGGAGGAACACUGUGUGGUAGUCACAGCAUCACUUGACCUAGUCUUAAUGCCAGUUCUUACUAUGUUUUGUGAUAUUUCCAGCUAUCCAGUUUAUAAGGCCAAUAAUUGACUUUUUAAACAUUUCAGAACUACAAAGCCAGUAUUGAUGAUUUGAAGAAAGUUCUUCUAAUAGAUUCAAAUAUUGAUGAAGCAAAGAAGGAGCUGCAGGAAACAACACAGUUGUUAAAACUGAAAAAUGAGCAUACAGUCAACGGGCAACAAAAGCAAAGGAAAAAAAUUGAAAUCCAAGAGGUAUUCAGUUAAAAAAAAAAUCAUGUACUGGGCCUAUAAGUGUGUAAGAUUCAGACCUCCUUAUGAAAUGUCUGGAUUGAACUGCUGAGUUCUCAAGCACUUUGUGGUAACUGGCAAGCUAAGUACCGUAUUUUUUGCUCUAUAAGACUCACUUUUUCCCUCCUAAAAAGUAAGGGGAAAUGUGUGUGCGUCUUAUGGAGCGAAUGCAGGCUGCGCAGCUAUCCCAGAAGCCAGAACAGCAAGAGGGAUCACUGCUUUCACUGUGCAGCGAUCCCUCUUGCUGUUCUGGCUUCUGGGAUUCAGAUUCCCCCCCCCCCCCCUUGUUUUCCUCCUCCAAAAACUAGGUGCGUCUUAUGGUCUGGUGCAUCUUAUAGAGCGAAAAAUACGGUAAGUUGUGCAAGGCAGUUGUAGACCUGCUGGUUAUGGGGACUCUUUUCUGAGAAAAUAGUGGAAGGCUAGGACCAGCUAGUCUAUACCUUUGCAAAUAAUGCUUAAGGUCUUCUGGACUUGUAUUUUAUUAACAGGAUCCUGUUUUGUUUGAUGUUAUAAACAAAUGUGGCUAGCCACCAGCUGAUUAUCACAUAGUAAACACCACAUUAAAGUAAAUAGUUUUGGCUUACUUAUUGCUUAUUAUAUAGCAGUCAUAAAGAGAAUCCCAUUACAGUACUAAGGUAAGGUAGUUUAGAAUGUUACUUAUUACAGCCAAAGUAUUUGUAAUGCUUAAAAUCUUGAUGCUGUAUUUAAAUUUAAAAUGCCCUCUUAGUCCCAUUGCUUCCUUUUCUAUAUUACAGGUAACUCACAACUUGUUUGCAUUCAGCUUUAUGUGCUUGGCAAAUUUUCUUUAAAAAAACUAUAAAUGUGAAAAUUGAACCACCCUGAGAUUUUAUGAUGAGGAGUGGUAUAUUAACUAUGUGUUCAUUUUCCUUUUCACUCAAAAAGGGGUUCCCAGUUAAUAAUGAUAAAUGCCAAGAAUGCUCCCCCCCUCUAAUUGUUUAAACUUUGCCUCCAGUUUCCUCCUUUGUGCAUAUAAGAAUCUAUCUGCUGUGAUAGUAUACUGAGACAAUAUUCCAAAAUCCUUUUCUUAUGUAGCCAUUGGCCCACACCCAGUUCUGUAUCUUCAAUUUCCACUUCCUGUUGUAUUUGCCAUGUUUUUUCAGCCUUAUCUAGUACUGACUCUUCCUUUUGUGUUUCUCUUUCCAAAAAGAAUGCCAGAGAUUUAAUUGCUUUAUCCCUGGGAUCACUCCAAGUCAUAGGUCAAAUUCUUUCUCUCUCAAUUCCAUCGAUGAAAGAUUAUCCAGAUCUCUCUUCAUUUAUGUCAUUUUUGUUUUCCAAAAUCUUACCUUCAUUUCUCCAAACACUUGUAUAGUGGGUACUUCCAUUUCAUCAGUUGUUCCUUCCAGUUUUGCCAUAGUUUCAUCUCUCAGUCCUGCCAGUUCUCUGUCAUCUUUGCCUGUAUAUAAUUUCUGAUCCUAAUUUCCAUUUCAUUCCCCAUUUUCAUUUUAAUUUCCGUUUCAUUCCCCAUUUUCAUUUUCUGUGAAGCUUUAUUAUUAUUAAAUUUUAUAAUGUAUCUAAAACAGAGAAUCCUAACAGAUGAAAAGAUGAAAAACAUAAUUAUAAAAUAGGAAUGAGUAUCACGUUAGUGUUUACUUGCACUUUAUUUUAACUAUCAAUGUUGUUAUGCACUUGCCGUUGAGUCAAGAUUAUUGUCGAGUGAUUGAGGGACAGCAAAAGCCCAAAUCAGCAAGUGGGCAGGGUGGAAGCAAGAGGGAAAUGCCCUGGAUCAAGGGCCACCAACAUUGCAUUGCAGGUGCACAUGUGAUCACCAAGGGCUUCCCUGGCAUCUGAGGGUCUCCUCUCCUCCACUGAAAUUACCGUAUUGGCCCAAAUAUAAGCCACACCUUUGAAAUUGGAGGGGGGGAAGAAAAGAACCCAAAUAUAAGGUGUUCCUGGCUGCAUACUGGGUGGCGGUGGAGCCGUGCUGCUUUGCCAGCGGCCUUUCCCCUUUCUCGCUCUCUCCCUUCCCAGCCUUGGGGGAGAGGACGGGGGACUGCACACGGGGCGGGUGCUGCUUUGCCGCUCUCCUGGAUGCAUACUGUAAGGUCGCGAAUAUAAGCCGCACUUUUAACUUUUCAUGGUCGAAAUUUUGGGGGAAAGUGAGGCUUACCGUAUAUCCAGGCCAAUAUGGUAGGUAUGAAAGUAGCUUUCUGUUGUAGCUAGUAGAAUGUGUUACAGUGUGGGUGUGAUGCCCAUGGCAGUUUCCCUGGUUUGCAGAUGUGCCCACAGGCCGCCAAAGGUUGGUAACUCUUAUCCUAGACUCAGCCCAGUCUCUUGGUUCUGAACAAAAGUUUUUUGAUGCUGGAGUUAAUAGUCCCUCCCUCACACAACCUCUCUGAUUUUGUAAGUGCACCAGUUUGUUUACUGCUUUUAGUAUACGCUGCUCUGAUUGCAGACACCCCAUCACAUGUGCAGCCAGCUAUGUGGAGGUCAGUUAAACAUAUGAGAGACCUGCACGGCAUGGGCGUGCAGAGGAUGAACAUGAGCAAAUGGGUGGAGCCAGGCAUAAUUUUUUACAUCCUUUUUUACCAUGCAGUCAGCACUCCACUGAGAGGGAUGGAGCCACCACAAUCAAGCUCAUCUAUGUUAUAAUCUGGCAGCUGCACAUGUGAACAGGGUCAGACAUUGAAUAAAUCAUUUUGAUGGUGUCUAGGACCGAAUUAACUUAUGAAAAUCUUUCUCCCAAGAGACAUUUUAAGUUUUACUCAGGUGGCAAUAAUAAUUUCUCUGACUGUGCUCCUGCUUAUCACAAUUAUGAAAUGUUACAUGUUGCAUACAUAUAUCAAAACCAACUGGGCAUGUGGUUAUUUCUUUGUGAAGGUGGAAGAGGAAGCUAGAGAGACCUGUGCUUCAGAGAAGGCGACAUCAAAGCAUGACAGCGCUAAAGGAGAGCCUGACACAGUGCCAAUGAAUAGUUCAGAAAAACUCAUUAUUUCAAAGCCAUCUAAUGCCUAUGAAUUUGGUCAGAUUAUAAAUGUUGUGAAUGCCAAUAAGGACAUCGCCGCUUGUGCAGAGCUCUUGACAGCGAUUGAGCCAAAAGAUUUACCAGCCCUUUUAAGCAACAAACUAGAAGGAGACAUUUUUCUGCUCUUUAUCCAAGCCCUGCAGUCGGAUGUAUUUUGCCAAGACCCUGGUCUGGUGUACCAGCAUCUUGUCCACCUGAGUAGAGCAGAAAGGUUUAAGGUAAGGAAUUAUGGCAUUUGCUGCCAAUUAUUUCUGAAAAUGUACAUGUUUAUGAAAUGCUAGCAUUUACUAGGCAUUUAGACAAAUAACCAUUUGCCGAUACCAUUUAUAAAGGCUAACCACACUUUUUUUUUUCCUUUUCAGAUGGUGCUAACACUACUUAGUAAGAAUGAAGUAGAACAGGUUCAACAACUGUUUGAUUCUCUUUCCAAAGAGGAAAACCAACAAUUUUCUUUAGAUGAUCUGAAGAGCCUUAAGAGAGACUUUGAACUUUAA